AUGGAGCUUCCGUCGAACCUCCUCCCGGACGAGGCAAGCCCCGAGUGGAUGAACAAGGGCGACAACGCGUGGCAGCUCACUGCCGCCACGCUCGUUGGCCUACAGAGCAUCCCGGGGCUGGUCAUCCUCUACGGAAGCAUGGUCAAGAAGAAAUGGGCCAUCAACUCUGCACUCAUGGCUUUCUACGCCUUUGCAGCCGUCCUCGUCUGUUGGGUGGGGUGGGGUUAUAACAUGGCAUUCGGUUACAGACUCGUCGCCUUCUGGGGCAAACCGGACGUCGCGUUGGACCAAAAGUUUCUUCUGGAUCGGGCAUUUCUAGGGUAUUUUCCGACCGCCACCAUGGUGCUGUUCCAGUUCAUGUUUGCAGGGCUUAGGUUGAUUUUGGUUGCUGGAGCACUUUUGGGGAGGAUGAACUUUCGUGCAUGGAUGUUGUUUGUGCCUCUGUGGCUUACAUUUUCGUAUACAAUUGGAGCUUAUAGUAUUUGGAAUCCAGAUGGGUGGUUGGCCAAGCUUGGAGUGAUUGAUUUUGCAGGUGGUUAUGUCAUUCAUCUUUCCUCUGGAGUUGCUGGAUUCACUACUGCUUAUUGGGUGGGCCCUAGAGCAGACAAGGACAGGGAGAUGUUCCCUCCGAACAACAUCCUAAUGAUGUUAGCCGGCGCGGGGCUGCUGUGGAUCGGAUGGACCGGGUUCAACGGCGGAGCUCCUUACGUGGCUAGCAUGGACGCGUCCCUAGCCGCGCUUAACACCCACGUGUGUGCGGCUACCAGCUUGCUCACCUGGCUUGUACUCGACACCUUCAUCUAUGGUAAGCCCUCUGCUAUUGGAGCCGUGCAGGGCAUGAUCACCGGCUUGGUUUGCAUCACUCCCGGCGCAGGAGUGGUACAAUGCUGGGCUGCCAUUCUAAUGGGCAUAAUCUCAGGAAGUGUCCCAUGGUACACAAUGAUGGUGCUCCACCACAAGAUCAAGCUACUACGAUACGUAGACGACACCAUGGCCGUCUUCCACACCCACGCCAUUGCCGGAAGCUUGGGCGGCAUUCUCACAGGCUUUUUCGCAGUGCCUAAGCUCAGCCGCCUCUUCUACAUGGUACCAGACUGGGAAAGAUUCAUUGGCCUAGCAUAUGGCCUCCAAAGUGGCCGAACUGGUGCUGGAUUUCGACAGAUGAGUAUUCAACUCCUGGGGAUCGUUUUCAUCGUCUCUCUCAACGUUGUUACCUCGAGUUUGAUCUGUUUGUUCAUUAAGUUGAUAGUUCCACUGAGAUUGAACGACGAAGAUCUUCAAAUUGGCGAUGAAGCGGUGCAUGGAGAGGAAGCAUAUGCCCUGUGGGGUGAUGGAGAUAGGUUUGAGAAGUCCAGGAAUAAUUCAGUUUAUGAUGGUGAUUGGGUUCCAUCAGUUGUAUCAAGGACAGCAAGUGAAUUCCAAAUGGUAUGACUCGGGGUUUUGUUGAAAAUACGGUGAAAUAGAUGAGGGACGGAGG